GAGCUUCAUACGUCAAAUAAGAGCUUAAUCGAAGUCGCCGAGUCUCUUAGUUUGCGACAGUUUGUUCGACUGAUGAACUCGUCUGGCUUCUCUUCGAAAUUGGAGUCAGUGACGCGUUGCACCCUCUUUGUUCCUUCGGACCAAGCUUUCGCCGCUCUGCCACCGGAGAAGUUAACAGAACUGGAGAGUGAUUUGGAACUUCUUCGUUCCACGCUAAUGCUGCAUGUAGCGCACGGAAAGAUUGUAACUGAAGCAAUGAAAGACAACAGUAAAAUAACUACACUUGACGAGGCUGAGCAACUGCGUAUCAAUGUAGUAGAUGAUGGCGAGGUAUGGGAUCUGUGUUGAUUUUGUUCCUUAAAAAAAGUGAGAUGAAAACCUUGAUCUUGGUAAAGGUAAACACGUAAGGGGAACACGCAAUAGCGAUACUCGCGCUGACGUCACCUAUUGGUUUUUUUGUGCCAAUCAGAUGCGCAUUGGCUCUUGAAACAAAAAAUGCUUUUGUUUCACUCGUUACAAAUUUGAAUAUGAUUAAGCUUAUCAGUGAAUCUAAUUGUCUGUUGCAACAACAACAACAGCAAUGUAAACUUUCAAUCGUACAAAACAGAAAGCAUGCUUUUUUCCUCCUUCCUUUGUUCAGCUCCCUUGUCAGCUAGUUGGCUCUGUCGCGUCUUACCACCGAGCCUAGCCCGUGUCAGGCUCUCAGAUGGUAGCUAGGGACGUUGCGAAAGCAAGGUCAAGCGAACCCUCUCCACUGAGCCCCGCGCAUUUAUUGCGUCAGUUUUCCACGAUCUCUGCUCUACUAUCUCGGAGCCUGGAACAGGCUAUUCGACAGACUGAAUAGGGACUGCUUGCAGUCUACGGAACCCCCAGCUCUGAAGGCAAGCGCUCUACCAACCUAUCACCCUGCCGCAGUUAUUGAUUUUUGGCUAUUUAUGUUUCAUUGGCAGACAGUUGUUGUCCAAGGGGGACAAAUCCUUCUACCGAAUCAGGGAGCAGCCAAUGGCAUUAUCCACGUCAUUGACAGAGUCCUAGAGCCAACCGCUGGUGAUGUUCAAACACUUUUGAAAAACGACCCAAAUUACAGCAUUUUCUCGCAGAUGAUAGAGAACACUGCCAUGAACUUUACUAACAUCACAUUGUUUGUACCGAGUGAUGAGGCUUUUGAAGUGAUGGACCGCGAGAGACUAGAAAGGCUUAUUUCCAACGAAGACUGCGUUGAAGUAAGUCUUUUAAUGAUUAUCGAUAAACCUAUCGGUCAUCUACCUUUUAUUCCAUGACGUUACUGAAAGUCCUGACAUUGACUCUUGUUUUACCCUCGCUAGCUAGAUCUGCCGACAAUAGCGACUGGACACACACUAAAUAAUAAUAAUAAUAAUAAUAAUAAUAAUAAUAAUAGUAAUAAUAAUAAAGAUUAUACAUAUUGAUGAUAAAUAAUUAUGAUCGUCUCCUGUGAUGGUGAUGAUGAUGAUGAUGAUGAUGAUGAUGAUGAUGAUAAUGAUGAUGAAGAAGAAGACGAAGAAGAAAAGAAGACAACAAGAAAAAAAGGGGGGGUAUCGCUGCACUUUGCCACAGGUUGGCAAAUAAGGUCUACAAAUUUGAUUUUGAAAUAGAACUGAAAACAAUUAUCCUUUCUACGGAGACGUGGGAGACCAUAAUACAGCUAGAGCAAAGAGUCAGUCUCUUUUGUAGAGUUAUUGUACCAAGAGAACAUUUUCUUGAUUGUAUUUAUACAGAGAUUCGUCAAGUACCACAUGCUGCCGAAACCACUCUACAUAUCUGCAAUGGACAAUCGCCGUUUCGUAACAGUUGAGGGACAUUUUGUUGAUAUUAAAACAGGUGGGGAAGAAGAGGUCACGGUAAAUGACGCCACCGUGACAGACGCUGACAUAAGUGGAACUAAUGGUGUACUUCAUGUCAUCGACAAAGUUCUGAUGCCCGUUUCAGGUACCUUGGCGACACAAAAUAUAUAGAGCUAUUUCGAGAAAGUAGUCGGAAAAAGUGCACGCGACAAUCCCGAAAGGUAUUUUGGGUGGUUUUGAGUUCACUGUUCUUCAAAGAAAUUUGAAAGAAUGACGUAAGAGGCCAUGGACGUAUAUUUGCGAAUGCUAAAUGAAAGUAACAAUCAAGAGUAGGUUCGACAGGUACAGUGUCAAGAACAGUACGUGUUGAUCAUAUCCCAUAUUACCUUUCAGGAUUGUCGCGUGUACAUUUGUUCCGACAACCUUUCUCGAAAUAGCUGUAUGCGUGGGAUUGGAGGGAAAUCUGGGCCUAGUUGCUCGAAGAUGGCAAAUACAGAUUGGUUACCCCGAAAAAAAGUUAUAUGUGGUUUUUGUAGUUGGCCCAGGGUUAGACUCAAUCACCUUGGACGUCGACUCAUAAUUUUGACUUAAAUAACAAUUUCUACAUGAAAUGUAUGAUGACGACGUCUUUGUUCUUGGGAACAAACUCAUCCAUGAAUGAUUAAUUGACAUUUUCGUUGUCUUGUUGUCUUUUGUUUCGGAGAUUGUUCGUAUCACGUUGCCUUUUUGCUAUAGCCGUAGAUGAGAGUUGUGCAAAAUAUAUUUAAUUUAAAAACAUAGAAACAAUAGAAACCAGUGAAGAUGAUUUUAUUCUUGGGUUUUAUAUCUUCAGCGGUAGUGAAGGCAGUGUGGCCGAGUGGUUAGAGCGCUGGAAGUUCAACUCCCGCUCUGAUCGCUUGCUGGAUUUGUUCUCGAUAGUCCCGAGUUCAAAUCCUCGGCCGCGGGAACUGGCCAACGGUUUGCCUCCAGACAGUUGGGACUCUUAACCCCGUUAUGUUUGUUUCACGCAUCUGCUUGGCCCCACUACCAUUAGUGCUAUAGUAACUGUGGAGAAUAAAUAACGGAAAUUUAUUUAUUCAUUUUUAGCAAUGAACUUGUUAGAAGUGGCUAAAGUUUUAAAGCUGACCACACUGGUGCAAAACCUCAACCAAAGCGGUCUCGCAACCACACUGAGAGACAAGCGAGGUCCUUUCACGCUGUUUGCUCCAUCAAACAAAGCGUUCGAGAAUUUACCCGAAUCAACCAAACAACUGUUACGGAACGAUCCUGACAAACUAAAGGAAAUUCUCAGUUACCACAUCAUACCUGAACAGAAAUUGACUUAUGAAUUUGGCAAGGACUUGUUGGUAAAUUCAUCAAGCGCGGCCCACAAGUUACGGCUGAAUUCAUUCAGAUACGGAAAGGUGAGAAAUGCCUAGUAAAAAUUAUGUUCUGGAAUUUUUGUUCAAUCUGUUAGCUUUAAUUUCUUAGGCUACAAUUGGUUUGGAUAGUUGGGAUAAUGUGCUAGACAUACACCACCCCCUCCCCCCUCCUUCCCCACCCAUUUCGAUCCAAUCAACAGAAUCAAGGAUAUGUGAGGGUGGAGACAAAAUGAGAACGGACAAAUUCACUACCUCGCCAUUAUUUUUAAGAAAGCGCGCUAACGAUCGUGAGGCGUUUUGCCUUCAAGUCUCUUAUGAACAGAAGCCGGUAACUUUACUUGAACACCCUCCCUUCGCCUCCUCUUAGCUCCCUCUUACUUAUUGUGCCUUUGUUUUGAAAAAAGUAUACAAUUCUAUACGUUGCAACUGGUAUUUACCCAGCCGCAUGAAAACGCUAACGCCAGGCAAUUACGAUAGGGUCCCUUUAAAACAUCGUAUAUUUGAAAACAUAACAUCCGUUUUCGUCCGUCCACACGAAGAUCUCCACUCUGGGGCCCGUUUUCAAAAACCCGCGAGUGGACGAAAAGCUAGAACGAAGAAAAAAUAUUCCGGGUACGUGUGAACGGGACUAGUACAAAUCAAUUACAAAAUAAAAGAUAUAGAUUAGACCGGUUUAUCACCGACUGCAGGGCCCCAGUGGUCUGGGGUGGAGUCAAAUUUUUUGAACGCUUUUACGUCAAGAUAGAUCUCAAGCACUGUUUUUCAACAAGAAUUCCUUAUUACUCCGACCAAUAUGAGGAAAAAUCAUCUUGGAUUACUUUUCGUCAAUUGUACCCAGCAAACGUACCCGCUUUCUGGCCAGCCAGGUAAUAUCAUUUUUGCGAAUACAAGGAUCUAGUAAAGUGAAGAGACGGUCGGAUUCAUGCUUUUGUUACUAUUUCAGGUACAUGCUGUGAAUGGCGCGUGUAUAACUAAAGCCAACGUUCAAGGCUGCAACGGGAUCAUUCAUGUCAUUCAGAAAGUCCUACUGCCGCCGACGAAAACAAUUUAUGACCUUAUCAACUCGGAUUCUCGCUUUGUCACCUUAGCGGAGGCCAUCAACAUGACCUCGCUGAGGACAACCCUUCAGAAUCCUUCGGCCUCCUUUACUCUGUUUGCCCCAACAGACUGGGCCUUUGCUAAGUUGGAGCUCCGCUCCCCUGGGACAAUGGAGACACUCCUGGCCAAUCCAGAGGAGUUGACAGUCAGGACGUGUCUUCUUCGUAUUUAUUUACGGCUGAUUUAAUUCGAAUAGGGAAAGGUGAAAAAUGCUAAAAAUUUUUUUUUGGAUUUUUUUUUCAACCUUUUAAUUUUAUUUUUUUGGGCAAAAUUUGGUUGGGAAGUUUGGGGAAAGUUGCUAAAAAUAAACCACCCCCCCCCCUCCUUCACCACCCAUUUCGAUCCAAUCAACAGAAUCAACGAUAUGUGAGGGUGGGGACAAAAUGAGAACGGACAAAUUCACUACCUCGCCAUUAUUUUUAAGAAAGCGCGCUAACGAUCCUGGGGCGUUUUGCCUUCAGAGCUCUUGAACAGAAGCCGACACCUCUACUUGGACACUCUCCUUCGCCUCCUCUUAGCUUCCUCCUAGUGUACCUUUGUUUUGAAAAAAGUAUACAAUUCUAUACGUUGCAUAUUCAAAUGGUGUUUGCCCAGCCGCAUGAAAACGCUGACACCAUGCAAUUACGAUAGGGUCCCUUUAAAACAUCGUAUAUUCGAAAACAUAAAAUCCGUUUUCGUCCGUCCACACGAAGAUUUCCACUCUGGGGGCCGUUUUCAAAAACUCGCGAGUGGACGAAAAGCUAGAACGAAGAAAAAAUAUUCCGGGUACGUGUGAACGGGACUAGUACAAAUCAAUUGCAAAAUAAAAGAUAUAGAUUAGACCGGUUUAGCACCGACUGCAGGGCCCCAGUGGUCUGGGAUGGAGUCAAAUUUUUUGAACGCUUUUACGUCAAGGUAUAUCUCAAGCACUGUUUUUCAACAAGAAUUCCUUAUUACUCCGACCAAUAUGAGUAAAAAUCAUCUGGGAUUACUUUUCGUCAAUUUUACCCAGCAAACGUACCCGCUUUCUGGCCAGCCAGGUAAUAUCAUUUUGGCGAAUACAAGGAUCUAGCAAAGUGAAGAGACGGUCGAAUUCAUGCUUUUGUUACUAUUUCAGGUACAUGCUGUGAAUGGCGCUUGUAUAACUAAAGCCAACGUUCAAGGCUGCAACGGAAUCAUUCAUGUCAUUCAGAAAGUCCUCCUGCCGCCAACGAAGACAAUUUAUGACCUUAUCAACUCGGAUUCUCGCUUUGUCACCUUAGCGGAGGCCAUCAACAUGACCUCACUGAGGACAACCCUUCAGAAUCCUUCGGCCUCCUUUACUCUGUUUGCCCCAACAGACUGGGCCUUUGCUAAGUUGGAGCUCCGCUCCCCUGGGACAAUGGAGACACUCCUGGCCAAUCCAGAGGAGUUGACCGAAGUUAUGGAACAUCACGUGGUGAGGGGAACAUUUUACACGUGCGGUAUCCACUGCAUGUACAGCUACUGGUCGAUUUUCAGUAAUCAUUUUGCUAUGUAUUCUAUGGGCCGCGGGGUCAUCAGAUUGAGGCACGCCGGGGGCAGUCGCGUUUAUGUUAAUGGUAUGCGCAUUAGUAACCUCGAUCUGCCGGCUACUAAUGGAGUUAUUCAUGUGAUUGACGACGUGUUGGAGCUCUAUCCCCAGGGACGCCGCAAGCAUCGACAACUAGCGCACAGCCGGGUAGCAAGUCACGGAAAAAAGAGACGCUUGCAUUGA